UUAAGAACGUCAUAGAUGGGGGGGGGUGAGAAAGACCUACAGCGCCAUCGCAGUUUUCUCUUUGCCAGACGAUCUUCUUCUCAAUCUGGCAGUCACUGUAUUCGCAAGCGAGUUAGUACUGUUUUUAAUCAGGUGAGCGUUCAAUGCAAUUCUUGGGCCAUGGCUCGAGGACAACAGAAAAUCCAAUCCCAGCAAAAAGCUGCCAAAAGAGCCAAUGAUUUAAAAAGGCAGCAAGGCCAUGAUCAGAAAGCUGCCGCGCAAAAAGCACUAACUUAUGUCUGCACUGUCUGCAAGGCACAGAUGCCAGAUCCCAAAACAUACAAGCAACAUUUUGAAAAUAAACACCCAAAACUGCCUCUGCCUGAUGACUUGAAAGAUGUUUAAUUUUAUUUUUUUAAGACAUUUUAUACUGUGUGCCUGGAAAAGCAACAUUUGUUUGGGUUUCUUUCCACUUGUACAUUUAUGUAUGUUGUAUGUUCCUGAUUCUUGAUGUUUAGCAAAAUUUUGUACAAUAAAAGCAGUUGUUAAUGUG